UUUGUUUCCUCUCGAAACAACUCCAUCUCUAAGCCUCUGCACUACCUACGCAACCUUUCUCUCUCUCUGUCUCUGUUCCUCUCCUCCCAUCGCUCUCUCUCGCUCUCGAGAAUCAGAGUCAAACUCCAUCGAUUAAGAUUAGAGCUCAGAUUAUAAUGAGUUCGGGAUCCUUUUUCAAGGUGUUGCUGAAGAAUUUCGACGUUCUUGCGGGGCCUUUGGUAACACUUGCUUACCCUUUGUAUGCUUCAGUAAAGGCAAUAGAAAGUAAAUCUCAUGUAGAUGAUCAGCAAUGGCUCACAUAUUGGGUUUUGUAUUCUCUUAUCACUCUUUUUGAGCUCACAUUUGUGAAAGUUUUAGAAUGGCUUCCCAUUUGGCCUUAUGCUAAGUUGAUCUUUACCUGCUGGUUGGUCUUGCCAUACUUCAGUGGUGCUGCUUAUGUGUACGAGCACUACGUGAGGCCCAUAUUUGUGAAUCAACAGAUAGUAAAUAUAUGGUAUGUUCCCCGAAAAAAUGAUGUAGUUGGUAGAUCAGAUGAUAUUUUAUCUGCUGCAGAGAGAUACAUCGAAGCAAAUGGGCCUGAAGAAUUUGAGAAGCUUAUAAGCAAGGCAGAGAAGUCAUCGAAAUCAAGAUACAACAACCGCACAGUAUUUGAAGAUGAUAGAGAGUCCAAGUUCUGGAGAAGUGGCAACAGUUCGUUCUAUGAUGACGAUCCCCGUUAUUGACGUUGAGAAGUUCCACUCGCAGGUUUGCAGGUUUUGAUAAUCAUGGUACAAAAGAAAAAGAAAAAAACUCUUUUUAACUGUUUAGUUCUUGCAGUUGCAUUAGAGUAAGAUUUAAUAUGAUACAUAUGAACAAAUUUGAUGAAGUAGUAGUUACAAGGUUAUGUUCUUCAUAUGUGUUGUUAUUAGUCAUGUUUGAUCAAUUAGAAAGUUAUGUUCAA